AUGUUUCUGAAGUUCUUUAAAAAGGACAAGAAGGACAAAAAGGAGAAGGAGAAGGAGAAGGAGAAGGAGAAGGAGGAGAGACGUUUGCGCGAGAAGGGCACCCGCAACAGCCACGAUAAUACGGCGACACCACCGCAAGAUAAAGUUACAAAGGACGACUUUGAGAGCUUGGAUGUCCUCGGAAAAGGUUCGUUUGCCUACGUAGUUCUUGUGCGUCGCGUAGGCACGAAUGACUACUAUGCCAUGAAAGUAGUCAAUAAACAGGGGCUGCUCGAUCACAACCGCUGCCGCGAUGUGUUUAUUGAGCGCAAUGUCUUGUCACGCCUCAAUCACCCAUACCUGCUAAAACUGUACUGGACGUUUCAGUCGGAGCAUAAGUUGUUCUUCGUCAUGGAAUAUAUGCCUGGGGGCGACCUAGACAAGUAUAUGAACAGCCUCCCCUCAAAACAGCUGGACCUUUUUACGGCGAAGCUUUACGGGGCGGAAAUUCUUUUUGCGUUAUUAUGCCUGCAUGAACACAGCGUCAUCUAUCGCGAUUUGAAGCCGGAGAACAUCCUUUUAUCAGGGGAGGGGCACUGCGUGUUGGCAGACUUUGGCCUUUCGAAGGAUUUCUACAACCCAAAGGAGGGUGGGGAUACGUCCGCCAAAGACAUGCGGGCGAAUUCGUUUGUUGGUUCGCCUUUUUAUGUUGCGCCGGAUGUGCUGAAGCAGAGCGAGUACACCAACGCCGUAGAUUUUUGGUCGUUUGGAAUCCUGCUGUACCGUAUGAUUUGCGGCCGAACACCAUUUAACGGAAAGAGCAUGCGAGAGGUGUUUGACAACAUUCUUUACUCCGAUCUGCGUUUUCCCAGCAGCGUCGAGGUCCCGGCGGAGGCGAAGGACUUAAUCAGCCGGCUGCUUGUGAAGGACGCCAACCGCCGCAUCAAGGCCCCCGAGAUCAAGGCGCACCCCUUCUGGACGGGCCUCAACCUCGACGAGGUGAUGGAGCGCAAGGUGAAGCCGCCAAAGUGGACACCGAUGCCCUCGAUAGCGCAGGAGAUGGCGGAGCGGGCGAGCGCGGGCGGCGCAGCCGCCUCGGCGAAGACUCCCGGCCACGUUGUUAAUACGCCCGCGCAGUCGUCACAGCUGAACGCGCGGCAGCAGCAGCUUUUUACGGGGUUUUCGUGCACAGCGGACAAUCACUUGAAGAAUAUUUAG